AUGAGACUAAUAUACACUAUACUUUGUUCACUGCUACCACUAUGUUUUCUCGCAUUUGCACUGCCAAUGGAGAACACUCUGAUAAACAAUGCAAUUGGAGUGAAGAAUCUUUACAAAACAUUGGAUGCUGUUUGGAAAGAUAACUUCUUCGUAAACUUGUUUCGAAUGGUCUCUGCAGGAGAGACUUUUGUAGAAAUACCGGAAUUGAAUGAUUAUGAAAUGUAUACUUGGUGGGCCAAAUACAAUAAUGAAGUCAAUCAAACGGUGAUGGAACAAGAGAACUCGGUUGUUGGUAAUAAAUGGUACAUUGAAGGAAUUAACUUCAUGGAUUAUAAAGCGUCAGAUCAUAAAAGUUUGUUGAAAAAUUUGAAUAGAAAGUUUAAAAGUUUACUUGGCUACAUGCCGGGGUUCUUUGUUUUGUCUGUAACAAACACAAAUGUCUACGAGGGUUAUGAGGAAUACUUCCAUUUAUAA